AUGACCAUGGCGGAUGAGAUCGGCUCGUCGGCGCGUCCCGCGUACAAAAAGCGCAGCUCGUCGAUUUCGGCCCCGGCCUGCGCCAGCCUCGAGACGAUCAUCAGCCCGCCGUCGGAGGGCGACACACCGGAGGGCGGCACGCCCGGCUACCGGAGGCGGAAGCCGGCUACGCGCUCCCAGAGUGCGCGGAUGACGGGGCCACGAUCGGUGCGCCGUAAGCCGCAGCCUUCGCCACAAACACUACAAGACUCGCGGGGCCACUGUACCAGCGAGCCCCGGUUGAACGACUCCGAAACUCCUCCGCCACAGAAACGACGCGGCUCGCAGAGGCGCCCGAUGCACAAUUCAGAGCGGCGUCACCAAAAUGUAAGGAUCAAGUUAGCUACGCCAAGAAAAUCGAAUGCAUUUCUGGACGUGCCACAGAUCAACCUACAGCACCUGCAGCUCGACGACCAGGAGGACGACGACAAUAUCAGACUGAGAACGUUCAGCUCAUCGAAGCAAGGCGUCGUGAACCGGGGCGACUCGUUCCGCAGGCGGCGCUCGAGAAGCAACAGCUUGGCCCCGGUCAGCCCGGUGCGGGUGGUGGACGAGGUCCUGACGCCCCCGACCGCUCCGAUCGAUUCGUUCCGCGUGAUGAUGAUUGGCGCACCGGGCGUCGGCAAGGGGGCGCUGCUGUCGCAGUUCCGGUCGUCGGAGUGUAUCAACGCGUACGACACACGAGAGUCCCCGGGAGAGCAGAACAUAUCCAUCAUUCUGAACGGCGAGGAGUCGGAGCUCAAGUUUGUCACCGAUAGCAUAGGAAACAAGGACGAGAUGCUGAGGGCGGACGCGUUCUUGGUGGUGUUUUCCGUGGUCGACAAGGCCACGUUCAGCCGGGCCGACCAGCUGCUCAACAUGCUGCACGACAUGGACGUUAGCCGGUCCCGGCCGACGAUUCUGGUCGCGAACAAGAUCGAUCUGGCCCGUUCGCGGGCCGUGUCGACGCAAGAUGGAAAAUGUCUCGCCUGUACGCACAAAAUCAAGUUCAUCGAGGUUUCCGUCGCCAUCAACCACAACGUGGACGAGCUGCUGGCCGGCAUCCUGUCGCAGAUUCGCCUCAAGAGGGAACAGUCCGCCUUGCAGGGCACUCGGGAGCCAUCGUCGUCGUCCUCGUCGUCGUCGUCAGCGCAUUGGUACAAAAAUCGCAGCGUCGUCCGGGCCUCCAUGAAGGCGCGUCAGAUGAUCACGUGGAUAUUCGGGAAGGAGGACUCCAAGUUCAAGAACUGCGAAAACCUUCAAGUGCUGUAAGAGCGGAGGACGUGAAAAAUUUCAGCUGCCAAACUAGAGACCAGAAAUUGGCCAAUCAUUGUGCCGCUUAUGGUUGGAGUGGGGUUAGAACAUAUGAUGAUGACGGUUCACAGUUUUUCACUUGUGUACAUAAUCAUCCAUCCGUGGUGCCCCGCCAGAGAAGAGUCCAUACCGACAGAAACUCCAGAAGCUUUCGCGAUGGCAGGCACGUUCAAACAAGAGGAUCAAUCAAUCAUAGGCAGUGAUGCUAAUACCUAACACGUCUACGUUAGGGGUGCUAGCUGUGGAACAUAACCAAGCAUAUAUCAACAUACCACACGCAAAGUGAA